AAGCUCCGUGAGCUAAUUAAGCCUUUUAUUCAUGUCUUAGUCGGGGGUGGGUCUUCAACUUUUUUGUGGUAUGAUAAUUGGCAUCCUCAUGGCCCUCUCUUAGACGUUUGGGGUAAUGAGGUAGUGUUGGCUUCUGGUCUCCACUUAAAUACUAAACUUUCCUCUAUGAUUAUGGCCUCGGAGUGGUGUUGGCCAUUUACUACUAACCCGGCUUUCCGUUCCAUUCAAUCAGAUUCCCAAAGUAUUGUGCCUUCUUCUCAAAGUUUGGAUUCCUCACUUUGGGCCCCUAGCAACACUGGUAUUUUCUCUUUGGCUUCUAUAUGGAACUGUAUUCUUUCUGUGGCUCCGAAAAUUCCUUGGGAUCAUUUGGUGUGGCAUAAUGCUUCUAUUCCGCGUGCGAGUUUUGUGUUGUGGUUAGCCAUAAAAAAUAAGCUAACUACGCUUGAUCGUAUUGGUCAGUUUUCCUCUCGUGCCAACCUCAACUGUGUGCUUUGCGACUCUGACUUGGAAUCUCAUUCCCACCUCUUCUUUGAUUGUCCCUUUACUGAAGGUCUAUGGCAACAUGUGUUGAUGAGGUGUGGGGUUCCUUGGCUUCAUCCUCCAUGGCCUUCUUUUGUGGACUCUGUGGCAACCCAUUGGCGGGGGAAAUCCCUUCCCGUGGUGGUUAAAAAGCUCUCUCUUGCAGUCACUGUCUAUUGCAUUUGGUGUGAACGGAAUAACCGCAUGUUCAACAAUUGUAGGAAAACCUCUGCUGCUCUUCUUCAGUCAAUCACUAAUAUGAUCUGGUGUCGGCUGUGUACCUUACAUGUUAAGCCCUCAACCAUUAACAUGAUGAUCCUCUAUAAUUGGAAUGUUGCUGCUCAUUAGGUUCUAGGC